AUGACAAACACCGUGAAGCCAGAGUUCACUCUUCGAGCCGGUAUCUACCCUGCGAUCAGUCCAGACCUUUUUAAUGGUUCCCUGGAAAGCAAAGUCGCGCUGGUGACUGGCUCUGGGAGGGGCAUUGGACGUGAAAUUGCGCUGGCUCUGGCAAGCUCUGGUGCGGCCGUUGCUGUUACCGGGCGAACCAGAAAGGAAGUCGAAAAUACCACGAAAGAUGUGGCGACGCUCGGGCGCAAAUGUAUAGGUGUUGUGGCCGAAAUCUGCGUCCGAGAAGAUCUGGACCGUCUAGUGAAAGAGGUAGUUGAAAAGCUCGGUGUGAUCGAUAUCCUUAUUUGCAAUGCCGGCACAAAUACGUUCAUGCCAUUCCACAUGACACAUCCGGAUGAAUGGUGGCGCCAGAUGGAAGUCAUGGUAAAGUCGCCUACGGAGUUAACGCGAAUGAUACUCCCUUCAAUGCAAGAGCGUAAUUCGGGCAUUAUAAUCUACACCUCAUCCCGCGCCGCAGCGGCCGAUUUGCCCUGGGCGGCGGCGUAUGGUUGCGCGAAAACGGCGAUUACACGUUUUGCAGGUGUCUUGCAGGCAGAGCUCAAUGCAUUACAAAAGGAUACAUUUGGCUUCCCUUCCAACGGUAUUUCCGUAUUUUCAAUUCAUCCGGGAGAGGUCAAAACAUCUCUUCAUGACACGGCUUUCCCAGAGAAGACCAAAAAGGAAGCGCCCUAUGUGAUUGAGAUGAUGGCAAAGCUCGCCAAGUCACAUCCUGACUUCAAGGCAGAACUAGCUGCAUGGACUUGUGUCUAUCUUUGCUCUGGAAACGGCAAGGCAUUGGAAGGGCGUCUUGUUGAUUGUACGAGGGAUAUUGAUGAGGUUAUAGCAUAUGUUUCCAGCUUGCCCCCGGCAAAGUUUGGCAAUGCUUGUUGUUCAAGUUGGGAUGUCCCUAUACAUGUGGAGUGA